AUGGAGAUAGUGGAAUCGAAUCGACUAAUGCAGGUAAGGGUCAGUUUAGAUUGUGCGGAUAUUUCGGGUACGUUUACGGGUCUCGGGUAUUAUCGGGUAUUACCCGGUACCCGAAUGGAGAGAAGAAAAGGAUCCAAAUGGGUAUUUUUCAAAAUCGGAUCGGAUCCGGAUCGGAUAUUUUCGGAGGAUGUGAAGGAGUUACAUGGUAAAAUACUUGACUCUGUCAAUGUCAAGAGAUCGAUGCCUCCAAACGCUUGGUUGUGGUCAUUGAUUGAGAACUGUAGGAAUGAGGAUGACAUUAGUUUUCUGUUUCACGUUUUACAGAAUCUCCGGAGAUUUAGAUUGACCAAUCUCCGUAUUCAUGACAACUUUAAUUGCAAUCUGUGUCGCCAAGUGGCUAAGGCUUGUGUACGUGUGGGAGCAAUCAAACAUGGUAAACGAGCUCUCUGGAAACAUAAUGUUCAUGGUUUGACACCUAGCGUUGCAUCUGCACAUCAUUUACUGUCAUAUGCGUUGGAGCACAAGAACGCCAAACUCAUGGACGAAGUGAUGAAACUCGUGAAGGCAAAUGACUUGCCUCUACAACCAGGUACAGCGGAUUUAGUUUUCAGGAUCUGUCAUGAUACAGAUAGCUGGGAUCUAUUAGCUAAGUACUCGAAGAAAUUCUGCAAAGCUGGAGUCAGGUUAAGGAAGACCACAUUUGAUGUGUGGAUGGAGUUUGCUGCCAAAAGAGGAGAGACAGAGUCGUUGUGGAAUGUUGAUAAGCUGAGAUCUGAGAGUUACACUCAACACACACUUUCCGCUGCUUUUUCAUGUGCAAAGGGUUUCUUGCUAGAACAGAAACCUGAAGAAGCUGCUGCUGUCAUCCAAAUCAUCUGCCAGGCAUGUCCUGAUGAGAAGAAGUCAACACUUGAGGCUGAGUUGAAGAAGCUGGUAAAUGAGUGGCCCAUGGACGUGAUCAAGCACCAAACUGAAGAAGAUAAGAGGGCUGUAGCAGCUUCACUGAGAUCUGACAUCCCUGCAAUGGUCAAUGCUUUGGUAAACUCUGGUUUGAGAGUAAAUGUGGAUUUGAACGAGUUAAACAAGAACGAAUCUCUUCUCUGA